GACGUCGUCGCGACUGCAAGAACAUUUCGGACCACUUCAUCCGACAGAACGAGACGGCGUGUCUUUUACCCUGACCGACACCUCCGGCGACGACGGCGACGACGGCGACGACAUCGAUUCCUCGAAGCGAGACUUCGAUGUGAUCGUGACGUAGCCGUGGCAAGAGGAGCGGAGAGGACUUUGUGAGGACUAUCACAAGCGAGGAGAGAGAUAGUUCCCACGCUACUGGCGCGAGGAAUCCACUACGAGAAUAGAUGAGCAACAUCCCUUCCUCGAAGAGGAAUUCGAAGGUUCACAGGUUAAUUAGUCCCUGUCUUUCGGCUGUGACAAGUAUAUAAAGUCGGCGUAACGCGAUCCGUCGGGGAAACGCGAAAGCCACAUAUGCGUUUCCACUACAAGAUCUCUGAGUGACUACAUCAGCUACUUAUUAUGGUUGAAGGAUCCCGCGAGUGUUGAUGGUGCGUGCGUGCCGUUUCUCGACGCAAUAUUCGAACUACGAAGUCGGAAGUAAGAAUUGUGAGCUGUAGCAGAUUGAUUAAUAAAUAGACCGAUUAUGUUAUCUGAAACCUUGCGAUAACAACACCAUUAUUGAUAUCAUUCCGCGAUGAUCAUCCUAUUGUCUCUCCAGUAUUACAACGUGUAUUUGUGUGACUAAGACCUUUCAACAAUCAUGUGGGGCGCUUUGUUGGAAUCGUUUUUAUUUCUCUUUAUCCUGAAAUUAUUUGUCGCUAUGGGAAAUACAUAUCCAAUUACUGGUUCAGAUAUGGAACUCUCAAGGAAUAAUAACAUAAUGACGUCCAUAAACGAUUCAGCCGCAUCUGUUACGCCUUACACGUGUGUUUACAUACCACCGAAUUUAGAUUUUUGUAAAUUCAUCAGUUUAUACAGUUAUAAAUCCAAAGAAAAUCUUUGGAACUCAGAGCACAAACUAUCAGAAAAUAAAAAGCGCAAGUUAAUGGAGAGUAAUAAAAUGUACUUUACAUCACGCCCAUCGAUGCAUGUCCCAGGAGCAAAAAAAUUUCGAAACCAUCCAUUUGUAAAAACUAUAAUAUAUGAAAUACAAAGAUGCAUACCGCCGAGAUUGCCAUUUGUUCUACCUUGGUGCACCGAUGAAGAUCUCUCCGAUAAGAAGAACGAAAUCCGCCGGCUUUACCCCUUCAUGAUAGAUGGUUUUUCAAAAGCAACGUACGAAUUUCCUAUGUAUGAUUUUUUUAAACAAAGUCGAGUGAUGCCAAAAUCGACAUAAUUUGACGUACACAUGUUGUGAAAAUUGACGAAUUUAAAUGAUCAUUAACAAUCAUGUCUAAAGCCUGGUGAUAUUAGAUAAAAAGAUACUCUUAUUCAGUUUUAUUAUUUUAUCAUUUUUAUCGAGAAUAUCAUUGAUAAAUCCAUAAUGUCAAAAGGAACAAUAAAAAUAACACACGUAAUACAAAAUUUAUAUACAUAUAAGUAUAUAUAAGAAUUGAAGAGUAUAUACAUUUCGCAAAGAUUGACAUAAGUUGAAAGAAUGAUUGAGCGUACAUAAUUUAACGAAAGACUGCAAAGUGAGACGUAAUUAAAAAUAAAAAGUUUCUUUAGCAUUAAGCAGUGAGAAAUUUUUCAGCAUUGUAAUAGAUGGUAAUAAAAAGCAAAAGUAAUGCAAUAAUGUAAUUGUUAGUU